ACCAGAUAUAGUGAAUGCAGAGUCUGGGGAGAGCGGGAUAUAGUGAAUGCAGGGUCCGGGGAGAGCGGAUAUAGUGAAUGCAGGGUCCGGGGAGACCGGAUAUAGUGAAUGCAGGGUCCGGGGAGACCGGAUAUAGUGAAUGCAGGGUCGGGGGAGACCAGAUAUAGUGAAUGCAGGGUCCGGGGAGACCAGAUAUAGUGAAUGCAGGGUCCGGGGGAGACCGGAUAUAGUGAAUGCAGGGUCCUGGGGGAUCGCACAGGAAUGCGGUGAUUCUGGUGUGAACCGGCCCUUAUAGUGAA